CAGCAGCUUCGAGAACAAGAUUGAAGCAAUGGAAGACCUUUAUGUGGCAAACACCAUCUUUGCCCUCAAUUUCUUCAAGCAUCUGGCAAAAGUGAGUCCCACCCAGAAUGUCUUCUUCUCUCCAUGGAGCAUCUCCUCCACCAUGGCCAUGGUCUACCUGGGUUCCAGGGGCAACACUGAAGACCAGAUAGCCAAGGUGCUUCAGUUUGACAAAGUUGGAAACUACAGUAUGGCGUCAGGGGCCCCGCAGAAUCUCACUGGUUGUGACUUCAUGCAGCAGAUACAGAAGGGAAAUUAUCCUGAUGCCAUUUUGCAGGCGCAAGUGAGGGACAAAGUCCACUCAUCCUUCCACUCCAUCAGCUCAGACAUCAACGCAACCACAGGGGAUUACUUAUUGGAAAGUGUCAGUAAGCUGUUUGGCGAGAAGUCUGCAAGAUUCAAGGAAGAAUACAUGCAACUCUGUAAGAAAUAUUACUCAACAGAACCCCAGGCAGUAGACUUCCUGGAAUGUGCAGAAGAAGCCAGAAAAAAGAUUAAUUCCUGGGUCAAGACUCAGACAAAAGGCAGAAUCCCAAACCUGUUACCUGAAGGCUCUGUAGAUGCGGAGACCAGGAUGGUCCUGGUGAAUGCAGUCUACUUCAAAGGAAAGUGGAAAAUUCCAUUUGAGAAGAAACUCAACGGGCUUUAUCCUUUCCGCGUGAACAUGACUCAGCACGUACCUGUACAGAUGAUGCACUUGCACGAGAAGCUGAACAUUGGAUACAUAGCGGACCUGAAGGCUCAGAUUCUGGAACUCCCAUAUGAUGGGGAUGUCAGCAUGUUCCUGUUGCUUCCAGAUGAAGUUGCCAAUGAGUCCACUGGCCUAGAGUUGCUGGAAAGUGAAAUAACUUAUGACACACUCAACAAGUGGACCAGCAAAGACACAAUGGCUGAAGAUGAUGUGGAGGUCUUCAUUCCUCAGUUCAAACUGGAAGAGCGCUACAAGCUCAAGUCCAUUCUGAGAAGCAUGGGCAUGGAGGAUGCCUUCAACAAGGGCCAGGCCAAUUUCUCAGGAAUGUCCGAGGGGAAUGACCUGUACCUUUCUGAGGUGUUCCAUCAAGCCACCGUGGAUGUCAAUGAGGAGGGCACUGAAGCAGCAGCUGGCACUGGGGCCAUUAUGACGGGGAGGACUGGUCACGGUGGCCCACAGUUUGUGGCAGAUCAUCCUUUCCUUUUCUUUAUCAUGCACAAAAUAACCAAGAGCAUCCUGUUUUUUGGCAGAUUUUCCUUACCUUCUAAUUGAAAAAUUCUGUUUCCGCACAGGAUUUUGUAGCCUGAGCUAUCAGCUUCAGAAUUGCUAUGUCAAAUGCCAAAAAUUUAGAGACUUUUUCUUAAUAUUUCUGUUCUUCUGAGCAACUUCUGCUGCACACUGAAUACAAACUCAGAGAUAAUUACACAACUGUCAAUCAUAACAUGACAACUCUAUUCAUCAUUUGAUCUCCUAAAAUGAGAUGAUAUACAUUUAGUUCUUCCCUGUGGUUAGUUUAUAUCAUAGCAGUAGCUUUUUCUGUUAUUUAUUAUUUUAUAUAAUAGUGUUUUUUUAAUUAUUAUUCAGUCUAUUUAAUAUAACUGAUAAAGUUACAGAAGCAAGGGGUCAGUCUAUCUAAAGAAAUGCAUUCACUUAUUUUUAUAAUGAAGGAUAAGUUUGUGUCCCUACCAUGCUCUUCCAUAAAAAUAUCUGGGAGAAAUCAUUGAACAAAAGGCAGAUGGUGGCUGGGGUUGUGGCUCAGUGGUAGAGUGCUUGCCUUGCACAUGUGAGGCACUGGGUUUGA